UUUCUAUUAAGCUCAAGCUCAAAGUUUUUUCCCAUCGCCGACGCAUCACCUCAUCGGUUUUUGAUCCACCAUGUCUACCGACAAGAUCACGUUCUUGACCAACUGGCAAGCAUGGAGCGAUCCGCCGUAGAAGAGCAUUUGCUAACGUCAGUAGGCACGCUACGCCGUAUCACGCACCUCUUUAUCUCGCUCAAGCCAAGGGGUAUUUUAAGGACGAGGGUAUUAAGGUUGCUCUUCUGGAGCCCAACGACCCCAGCGAUGUCACCGAAAUCAUCGGCACCGGAAAGGUCGAUCUCGGCUUCAAGGCCAUGAUCCACACUCUUGCCGCGAAAGCGCGUAACUUCCCAGUCCAGUCCAUCGGAUCGCUACUCGAUGAACCCUUCACGGGUGUCGUGUACCUUAAGGACAGCGGUAUUACCCCUGACUUCACGACACUCAAGGGAAAGCGAAUCGGCUACGUAGGCGAAUUUGGAAAGAUUCAGAUUGAUGAGCUUACCUCUCACUACGGCAUGACUCCCGCCGACUACACUGCUGUUCGCUGUGGUAUGAAUGUCUCUAAGGCCAUCAUUAAAGGAGAGAUCGACGCCGGUAUCGGUCUUGAAAAUGUGCAGAUGGUCGAGCUCGAGGAGUGGCUCGCUUCUCAAGGCCGUCCCAAAAGCGACGUUCAGAUGUUGCGCAUUGACCAGCUCGCCGAGCUAGGCUGCUGCUGCUUCUGUACCAUCUUGUACAUUGGCAACGAGAAGUUCCUGUCUGAAAACCCGGAGAAGGUCCGUGCUUUCAUGCGCGCAGUCAAGCGCGCGACCGACUUCGUCAUCGCAGAGCCGGAGAAGGCGUACGCCGAGUACGUCGAGUUCAAGCCCAUCAUGGGCACCGAGCUUAACCGCAAGAUCUUCGAGCGCUCGUUUGCGUACUUCUCCCGGGACCUCAAGAACGUCCGUCGGGACUGGGAGAAGGUCACCAAGUACGGCAAGCGUCUCGGUGUCCUGGACGAGAGCUUCCAGCCCAACUACACCAACUCGUUCCUGUCCUGGAACCUCGACGGCGAGUCUUCCGACCCGACCGGAGAUCAGAAGCGCAUGGCAGAACUGCAGAAGGACGUCGCCUCCAAGGGUGGUUUCCAUCGUUUGGAGAUCAACAGCACCCCUAUUCAGGCUUAAGAAGGCUUUGUCAUACUGCAGAGAUGAUAGUGUAUCUCCUAGGAAAAUGGGUUUUCGAGUGGAUUCGCUCUUUAACCUGAAAGACUUAAGACACUCCUUGAAAAAUAUGCCGUGAGCCAGAUAGUUUAGGUACUCUCCAUACCUACACAAAUAGUAACUAACAUAAAUUGGGUGAA